UCGCUCGCUCGCCCGCUCGCCCGCUCGCUGGAUGCUGCUCAUACGCGCAGGACGCGCGGAACGCGCACGCACGGACGCGCGCACGCAGGUAGUGACCAGUCAGCCGCCGCGACCAUGAUGAUGAUGCCAAAGAGGCCUCAGACGUCCCCGGGCAGCGUGCUGUCUCUGCGAGGUGGCGCCAACGUGCCGGGAUCCCCCGCCGCCGCCAUCGUGGCCCGUGUGGACGACGGUGUGAUGGUUUACAAGGACCUGGCGGCACUCCCGAGGGACAAAGCCAUCCUGGACAUCGAGAGACCAGACUUAAUGACGUACGAGCUGCACUACAACUACAGUCCACUGGAGGUGGCGAGGUCGCUGUCUCCCGGCUCUUUCUCCCCUCCGACCUCUCCCGAGGGGUCCAGGGUGUGGCUGGAGAAAAGCUCUCCUGCCGGUUCCUCGCCGGCUUCCACCGGCCGGAAACGCAACAGCGGCAACACCACGCCGUCUCCGCACGCGCAACACCCGCCGCAUGCGCAAAACAUGCAACCUCCCAAGAUCUUGCAACACUUCCACAGGCCUGACAAUGGAAGUAACAUCUACAAGAAGCCUCCCAUCUACAGAAGAGGCGCGUCGUCAGCGCUCCCUGCGGGGAAGCACUUGGAGGAUCUCAUCAUCGAGUCAUCAAAGUUUCCCGCCGCCGAGCCUCCGGAUCCGAACGUUCCCUCCAAGAUCGAGACGGAACAUUGGCCCUGCCCCCCUUCCUCUGCCGUCUUUGAGAAGGAGAAGGCGUGUCGCAGGAGCGAAGGCAGGCAAGAAGAAGAGGAGGAGUGCGAGGAGGAUGAGAACAUUUGGGGGUUGCGAGCGCUUCACAGGCAGGAACUCAACAAGAUUCAGUCCAACAUCGGAAGGAUCAUCCUGAAGGAGGAGCUGGACAAGUCGGCCGCUCCACUGAGAAGGAAAACGCGCUCGCUUCCGGACCGCAGCCAGCACGCAGGCACCACCACUUCCCGCGCUCUUUGUUUCCCAGCAUCCACUGGUGCAGGCCUAGCCAGAUUGCAGUCGACAGAAUUCAGCCCGGCGGAGAAGCCCGCUCAAGGUGUUCAGAACGGAGCUAAUGCCAUGGACCGAGGCCGCUCGCUGCCCAGCGUGCUGGAGCUCAAGAUUUACCCGUAUGAGACGCUCGUGGUCAACCACAGAGGACGGAAUCAAGUUCCUCCUGGCGUCGACAGAACGCAAUUGGAGGUAACGGUAUCAACGUGAACAACUGAUCAAAGUGCUAAUAGAUGCGAGCAACGAGCGAGAGAGUAUCCGAAGUCGAGAAAGGGCCUAGGCAGAUUGAUUUGGAUUUCAUAUCUUGAGUUGGGUUUUUUU